GGCGGCCGGCCGGUUCGGGCGGCCGCUGCUAAGGGGAUGUUAGAGGCGCGCUGGGCGGCUGCCGAGCAGACGCCCGGACUACGAGUGGUGAGCCCCGGUCUUCGGCCAUGGUCCCCGCUCCGCCCCCCGCCGCCUCCUUCUCACCCGCCGAGGUCCAGCAACGACUGGCGGCCGGCGCUUGCUGGGUCCGCUGCGGGGCCCGCCUCUACGACCUCACGGGUUUCUUGCGGCAGCACCCGGGGGGCGAGCAGCUGCUGCGGGCGCGGGCUGGCCAGGACGUUAGUGCCGACCUAGACGGGCCGCCGCACCGACACUCGGCCAAUGCGCGCCGCUGGCUGGAGCAGUACUAUGUGGGCGAGCUUCAAGGAGACCCUCAGGGUUCCAUGGAGAACAGGGCCGCAGCCUUCUCAAACACUCAGAAGCCAGACCCAGUGAUGGAGCCAAAGCUCAAAGUGAUAGACUGGGACAAGGACCUGGUGGACUGGCAGAAGCCCCUGCUGUGGCAGGUGGGCCACCUGGGAGAGAAGUACGACGAGUGGGUGCAUCAGCCAGUGACCAGGCCCAUCCGCCUCUUCCAGUCAGACUUGGUCGAGGCCCUCACCAAGACUGUCUGGUACACUGUCCCCAUCAUCUGGAUGCCCCUGAUGCUGUACCUCAGUUGGUCCUGCUACCGAACCCUCGCCCAGGGCAAUGUCCGACUCUUCGCUUCCUUCACCACAGAGUACUCAGUAGCCAUGCCCAAGUCCGUGUUCCCGGGCCUCUUCGUGCUGGGGAUGUUGUUCUGGAGUCUGCUGGAGUACCUCCUCCACCGCUUCCUGUUCCACAUGAAGCCCCCCGGCAACAGCUAUUACCUCAUCACGCUGCACUUCAUCUUGCAUGGCCAGCACCACAAGGCGCCCUUCGACGAGUCCCGCCUGGUCUUCCCCCCUGCGCCGGCUUCUCUGGUAAUCGCCUUGUUGUACAUAGUCUUACAGCUCCUCCUGCCCGAGGCGGUGGGGGGCACUGUGUUUGCCGGCGGCCUUCUGGGCUACAUUCUCUACGACAUGACCCACUACUACUUGCACUUCGGCUCGCCGCACAAGGGCUCCUAUCUGUAUAGCAUGAAGGCCCACCACGUCAAGCAUCAUUUUGCACAUCAGAAGUUAGGAUUUGGCAUCAGCACUAAACUCUGGGAUUACUUUUUCCACACCCUUAUGCCGGAAGAACCCCACCCGAAGAGGCAGUGACAACUCCCAGCCCCGGAGCGGCCCCUGCCCCACCCCUGCCCCCAUCCAGACCCUGCCAAGGAGGUUUGCUUGGCCGGGCAGGAUGGGCUUUGUCCAGCUCUCGGGCUUGGUGAAGGGUGCUGGGGAGGCCCUGAAGACUGAGAAUGACCCUGAGACUGCCCUCCUGACCCACUUGGUGGCCCUAAGGGAUUAGCUCUCACCUGCAGCAUCCCAGCCUCUCUGGAAGCAUCUCUACCCAGAGUCUUAGCCCGCAGGACUGCAUUAGGACCCCCCCCCCCCCCCCACAACAUGAUCAGCCCCAAGGGGAAUGAAGGAAAUGGACCCCUGUGACUUCCUGACAGGCCUGUGAUCCACCUGUGUCACCCCCUGGGAGCCACCCCCCAUAGCAAAGAAUGGGGUGUGCAGGGCCUCGGCCUGGUCUUCCGCACCUUCCCUUCCUGGGGGCAGUUUGCUGGCUUGGCUUUCUCCUGGUGAGUGGAGAACACUGAGGUGGAUGAAGGGCUCUCCCCAGAAGAGAGAGCGUGAUGCCUCCCACAGGCCGCCCCAGAUCCCAGGGCAGUGCCUUUGUCCACUGCCAGUCACAAGUUCCGGCGGCACCAUCAGACACCUCCGGCUGAGGCCGCGCCUGGCCCUCACCUGCCCGUGCAGAUGGGCGAGGCCAGCUGGCCUUGGCCUCAAGGCUGGCGGGAGCCCAAGCCCCUUUGUUUAGGAAGCACCAGCUGCUGUAGCCAUCUCUCCCCUGCCUCCAGGGUCACAAAGCUUUUCUCCAGGGAGGCCAGAGAGGGAGCCUCGAGGGUGGGACCCCAACCCCAUUCCCAGGCAUUCUUGACCGCCUCCCAGCACAGGUGGGCCCCGCCCCCUCACUCAGGACCCUUCCAGCCAGUGCCUCCUUAGGCCAAGAAGGAGCCUUUAUUUGGUGCCUUAUCUCCCUCCCCAUUUGCUUCCCUACCCUCCCUCCGGCAGAUGAAGUUCCAGCCCCCUCUUCCCCAUAACCAAAACCCUCGCUGCUUGCAGGAGGGGCUUAUUUAUAAACCAUAUAAAUGCUCCAGUAGCUGCUCAGACCACCCUUUCUAAUCCUGUGUUGAGCUUAUGUAAACUUUGUCCUAUUUUUAUUCCCUUCUGACCCACCAACUGUUACUACUUGAAACUUAAAAAAA